AUGAAGUCCCUGUUCACCAUUGCCUGCUUGGCAACCUCAGUACUGGCCGCACCGGCACCUCCAAAGGGGACUUUUGAAUGGACUCCCACACUGGCAGGCUAUAUGGACGUUGUAUUCAGCUACAUCCAGGCAGCCAAAGCAGGUGCUCCCUCGCCCACUUGCGACCUCUCAAAGGCUGCAAUGCCUGUUGCACCUACCCCGUUACCCACCCCGGCUGGCCUGACUCUUGACCAUGUGGCCUUGGGAAGAGGAGUACAAAACUAUACAUGUGCCAAUGCCACUGCCACCCCAGCUGCAGUUGGAGCGGUCGCCCGCUUCUACAAUGUAUCAUGUGUCGCCUCAGACUGGCCCGACCUGCUACCCAUCAUGCCCAAUCUGGCCCUGCAGUAUCCCUUGCCAGCGGCUCCCGAUGCCCCACUAGAGCCAUCAAAUCUUGUCCUUUCGACACAUCACUUUUUUUCCAACUCGACCACUCCUGUUUUCGCCUUUGACGCGCCUACCUCGCCCGACCUUGGCAGGGUGUUUGCUCAGAAAGCCAAUUCCUCGGAAGCUCCAACGAACUCGGUCAUCGGCCCUAACGGCCAGGGCAAUGGUGCAGUUGCUUGGUUGUACCUCACGUCUCGAGCGACUACCGUUGGCGAUAUCAAGGCCGUCUACCGAUUAAACACAGCUGGAGGUAACCCUCCAGCAACGUGUCAAGGGCAGGAUUCCGCAUUCAGUGUCGACUACUCCGCAGUAUAUUGGUUCUAUUCGUGA